CUAUUAAUAAAUUACGUGAGUUUUAUAGAGAAUCGGCACAGUCUCGUGUGAACUCUUGCGCAACAGGCCGCAAGGGGCUACAAACGCCCGUACCUGUUUCCAGUUAACAGAUUCAUAAUUAAAAAAGAUGCAUCAACGAAGUCUAAUCAUAAUUGUCAUAGUAUUAACAUGUUUACUACAAGCGCAAGGAGCAGACAAAUAUACAGAUGAAAAUAGACCAUACGAGUUUGGUUUCAACAUUGAAGGUGAACAACACAGACAUGAAAAAAAAGAUGAGAAAGGAAUAAUUAUGGGAGAGUUUGGAUUCCUCACUGCUGACGGUGUUUAUCAUGUAACUGUAUAUGCUACAGAUGAAAACGGUGGAUUCAGAAUAUUGUCAAUGAAAAACAUUCGUGUAAAACCAUAUCCCGGUACUGAAAGACAGGGCCAUUCAAUUCCUAUCUCAGCUUCAACGCCUGGAGUUGGACAGCAGAAUACGAAUGCACAAAAUAUACCAGGUCCAGUAGCACCAUCACCAGUGAAGUCAUGUUCGCAUUGCAGCAUUCCUACUACUACUACUAUAAGACCUCCGGUGUCUAAUUUUGCAAAUAAUGGAAACCAACAAAUAGGGGGUCCUAGUUAUAGUCAGUAUCCGCAAAGUAAUGAAAACCAACAAUCAGGAGUUCCUGGUUAUAAUCAAUAUCCACAAGGUAAUGGAAAUCAACAGCCAGGUGGUCCUCAAAAUAAUGGAAACAAUCCAAAUUAUCCACAAACUAAUGACAUUGGUGGGUCAUCAAAUUAUCCUCCACAACCGCAACAGAAUGAACAGUUUCAAGGACAAUCUCCUGUUGGACCAUCUGGAGGCCGUAAUCCUAAACAAUAUAAUGAUUAUCCCCAAAACUUAGAGUCACCAUUAGCACCCAAUAAACCUACUCUUCUUUCUGUUAAUAUGCAAGUGGUACCUAGUAACAGUGAUAUCUACCAUAAAGGUCCUAAUGAAAAAGAUGGAUUGCCAAAUGGUUUGAAUAAAAAUGAUAUGAUGCUUUUAUUGUAUACUUUUAAUUAUACUGUUGGUUUUCAUGGACACUUUGAAGAGGGAUAUACAAAUGGUGCAAAACAAGGUUACUAUUAUGUUACUGGACGUAAUGGGCUGAAAACUCGAAUAGACUACACUGCAGAUGAGACUGGCUUCCAUCCUAAAAUAUCGCAAGAAGUACUGGAUUUAUUAUCUGACGAAGUACCAAAACCUGAAACAGAAAAAGAUGAGAAAUAUGGCCUGAAGGGAUACGAAUUUAAAUGGCUUUACUACCCAGUAGACUCAAAAUCACGAUAAUAAUUAAAUAAAUAUAAUAGGAAAUAAUAUUUUGAGUACUAUUAAAUGAAUUUAUAUAGUAGUUAGAAUACUGUAAGAUUACUCGUAGCUUUACUUAUUUAGAUAAGCGAUUAAAUACUGCCUAAUAAGCUGCCAUUAAAUAUUUUAUAAUUUAUGAUAUAAAUAAUAUUGUCGUAUC